GCGGCACUACUCUGCUACACGCUCCCGGAAGUCCUGCCUCGCGCCCCGGAAGCAAUUCCUCAGGCCGCGGGCGUGCUCCGCCUCGCGUUUGGUGUGAGACGUAGAACUGAGCGACCGAAGCCGCGAACGAGAUGCCGGUGGCCGUGGGGCCCUACGGACAGUCCCAGCCGAGCUGCUUCGACCGCGUGAAGAUGGGCUUUGUGAUGGGCUGCGCAGUGGGCAUGGCGGCUGGGGCGCUCUUCGGCACCUUUUCCUGUCUCAGGAUUGGAAUGCGGGGCCGGGAGCUGAUGGGCGGCAUCGGGAAAACCAUGAUGCAGAGUGGAGGCACCUUUGGCACGUUCAUGGCCAUUGGGAUGGGCAUCCGAUGUUAAUCAGGGCAAUGGUUGUCCACUACAGCUACUCCUUCCCAUCAGUGCCAGCUCAUGUACUAUAAUAAAGUAAAUCUUUGAGUAGUG